AUGUCUCCCCAAGCUCAAGCAGCAUCACCCGUGCCACAGGUGAGUUCAGCUUUCGAUCUUCUUGGAAAGCCCCAACCGGCACCAGCAAGUCAAGGACCAGUGCCUGACCAGCAUGAAAUGACCCGGCAGUUGAUCAAUGCACUUGGGGGUGAGCGCAAACCUCUUCCUAGUUGGAAUGGGGCACCGAGUACUCUGAGAACUUGGUUGAAGAUGUUAGCGUUUUGGGAAAUGGACAAUACCACUCCCAAAGCGAAGUGGGGACUCAAACUGUAUCAAUCGCUGGCAGAAGGAAGUGCAGCGCGAAAGGUAGCUGACCAAGUCCCUACUGAAGUCAUUCUUUCUCAAAACGGCUAUUCUUCAAUACUCCAAGCCUUGACUCAGAAAUAUGCUCCUUAUUUAGCCAUUGCCGCCCCUGCUGCCAUUGACUCCUUUUUCUUUAGCGGUGACCGAAGUCGUGGUGAAAGUUUCAAUUCAUUUGUUGCAAACAAAGAGAUUCAACGUCAAGAGAUGAAUUUGAUGGUGGGGCAAGAGGUAAAUGAUUUGGUAUGUGGUAGAAUUCUUUUACGUCAAGCGAACUUGACUGACCUUCAACGUGAGCUGCUGGCCAUCAAAGGGACCGCACUUUUCGGCUUCCACCAGAUGGCAGAUAUGCUGAGGACCCUAGAUAGGUCUGAGGUGAUCUCCAAAGGGAGCAUGAUGGGCUCUUCGGCGGGGAACAACACCACCAAGGCGUUCUUUGGCAUGGAAGCUCAUGAGGAUGAUGGUCAAGGAGAAGAUGAUGGAGCAGCAUCUGAAGAGGACGAUGCCUCGACCACGACGGUAUCAGAUGGCUUCAUCAUGAUGGAGGACCGAGAAUACACAGAGAUGGAAGCUGUGUAUCUUCAAGCAUAUCAAGAUGUGCGCCGCGACCUGAGACAAAGAAGGCGUGAGCGUGGAUAUAUCAAGCAUCAACGUCAAGGAGGACGAAAAGCAUCGCGUGGAGGGCGACAUGAGCGCUCUGGUGGACGUGGUCAUCCUAGCGGAGGUGGACGAUCUCAACAACACCCAAAGAAGUUCAAAGGCAAUGCCCAAGACCUCGCAUCGAGGACCAAAUGUUUCUCUUGCGGAGAACUUGGACAUUUUGCUGCAGAUUGUCCUCGCCGUCGGCAACAAAGUCAGAGACAGAAACCUCCUCAAGGAAGUCAAAGUCAGACAUUUGUUGCUUCGACGGGAACUCCUCAGGUGACAACUACGGUUGGCGUGAUGUACAAGGACAUCCAGAUCUUCAAUGCUUUGUCAGUGCGAGGCUUUGAAGCCCUUCUCGACACUGGAGCUGAAGAAGGAGUUCUUGGCACCACUGCCUACCAGGCGCUUCAACAAGAGCUUUUGCAGUUUGGUCUGACAGAUGUCCGAGUGAGCGUCCCUCCAACAUCUUGUGCAGGUGUUGGCGGGCGAGUGGAUCCUUUGUUCACAACAGAUGUGCCAGUUGGAAUUGCUCAGCUUCAUGGAGUGAUCAGGUUCACAGUACUCCAGGAUUCAGAGGAUGUGCAGACUCCUCCUCUUCUACCUGUGAGUUUCCUGGAGACCAUUGGCGCUUCCAUUGAUUUGCAGUCCAACACUUUGUCAACUCGCUGGGGCCACCAAACUGGCCUACGCCGAUUGGCAUCGAAACACAGGGUCGUGAACAUGCUGGACUAUGGUUCUCGUCCAUGGCGACUUCCUGAUGUGCAUCGUGGGCCUUCAGGUACCGAUCCGUUUGUAAUCCAACAAGAAUAUGAUCAACCAGCACUUCAACAUCCACCGAUGCCGAUUCCAGAUGGUGACCAAUCUGGAGUUCAAUCUGGAAGUCACCGAACCACUCGUGCUCGCGAUCGUGCAGAUCGUCCUGCUCAAGCUCGCAAUGUGAUCGGCAGUUCGCACAUCAGAUCAAGGUCUAGAAGCCUUCCAGCCAAUGUUUUGAUCAACCAGGAAGUGACUCCACGUCAUCCAGCACGUCCCCUUCGUGACGUCUUGGUGUGGUGCAAAUUGGCCAAUGGGCAGAUCGAACACAUCGAAACUGUCCCUGGACCCGUCACGGAGCUGUUGCAUCCGGUGCAAGCGUUCAGCCGCUCCCAUGUUCAGGCAUUGACCCCUCGCCGCCUCACUUUGAUGGAAUGGGCGACUGUUGGUGGUGGACCGGAUCGUGUCCCACAUCGUUUCAUAGUGGAUGACUGUUGGAACACAUGGUCUCCAACUGAUCCAGCAGAAUAUGCCUGGCAUGGUCACGUGCUUUUCUUUGAAGACCCGGUGCAACAUGCUCCAGAAGGUCCAACGUUUGUACCAACCGGUUUGUUGCCGGGCCAGUCAGAUCCUGACUUGGCAUAUUACCUCAAUGUUUGGGCAGCCAGCCCCAGUCCUUUUAGCGGCUACAAGGGUGCUCAUUCUACAGUUUUUUCAGGGGAGUGGGAAGUGUUUUUGGAUUUUGACGACUCAUCGUCGUUGCCAUCUUCAACAGCUUUUGAUGUCGCUGUUCUCGAUGCAACGGCCUCCAGGACACAGCCAUCUCCUGCUGCAAGCCGAGCAUCAUACCUUGUGUCCGGUUCCCCAAGCCAUCAGACUGAGUAUUUUGACCUGAUCAACAAUGACUGCGAUGAAUGUUUGGAGUUUCAGAAUGAGCAAGUUUUCAACAACAACUCACUUUCCAACAAGGUGUUUCAGGCUUUGUCAAAGCUGAGGUGUAGGAGUAGGAGAGCCAGUUUCUCAAACGAGAUUGACUGGAUGGAAUCCUCUGACAAUGUCAUGGAUCAGACCAGUGUGGCAACCUCUUUUUCAGUUGCGAGCUGUGACAUGCUCAAGAAACCCUUUUUGCAGCACGUGAGAUCCCGGAUUGGUCGCGCUGUGCAAAUUUCCUCCGACGACGAAGCUCCUCGCAGCUCCAAGCCCAAGACGACGGAGUUGCAGCGCAUGGCAGCUUGGAAGCGCAUGACUUUGGCGCUGUUGUUGAUGCUGGAGACAGCCGGCAAGCAGGUUGUCAUGGACUACAUCGCCAAGAAGAGCUUGGAGUUGAAGGACAACGACCAGGCACGAAAGGAGCACAACUUCAAGGACAAGAAGAUGUCGGUCAGGAACCACAACAAGACAGCCAUCAUUCAGGGCAUCGGCAAGCCAUUGCCGCGCUCCACUUCGCAGAAGACUUGGCAUGCGGAUCCCAUGAAAUGCAAUCAUCCAGCCGAGUACAUGCGAUGCAGAGCCAAUCCACACAGCAAAUGGUGGGUUUGCCUGGAAUGUGGAAGCCGUUGGCAACGGCUGAUGGAGCCGUCGGGAGCAUCGUCUUCAACGAGUGCAGUUCCCGAAUGCCAGAAUGCCCAACGGGUGGUGGAGGAGAAGACCGGCAGGAGCUAUCCAGAAUUCCUUCCAGCACCGAGGUCUCGCCCACAACAGGGCAACAUUCAGUUGCAGAACGACUUGAAGGGUCAGAUCAACUAUGUGAUCAAGCCCAAGGACGUCAAUGUGGACAAGGAGACCAAGGUGGUGAAGACCGAGCCGGGGAUUUUGGAACAUGGGUCGCAAACUACCCGCGGCCGCAAGGUGAAGCAAGUCCAAUCAGGCCUUCGUCCAACUCAAAGAUCCAAGACACCAACAUCACGCGGCCUGAUGGAGGAGGCACAGGAGCUUGUAGCUUCGGAUGGUUCUUGGGAAGAGGACAUUCCCAUGACGGUUGACUUAGCUGAAGAGUCAGCCCGUGCCGUUUCACAACAACCUGUGGCACUCUAUGCCUUGCCUGGAGCCAAUGAGGCGGUUUCACAGUCGGCAGCUGAUUUGAGCGGAAGUAUCAAGCAACUGCCGCGACCUGUGAAAAGAACCAUACUGGCCUACUACAAAAAGAACUUCUCCGGCCAGUCCAGUAGCAAAGGUAGUGCGCACAAUGGUGGCAUUGAUCUCAUGGAGAUUUACUCUCCCCCUCGAGUGACAGCCCGAGCACGUCGCUUUGGCUUGAAACAUGGAGGAGCUCUAGAUCUAGCGACUGGUUGGGACUUUACCUUGGAGAGCCAUCGCGAUGCCGCUUUGAAGUUGGUCAGGGAGCUCAAGCCAGCCUUGAUCAUUUUGAGCCCUCCUCGCCGAACCUUUUCAAGUUUGCGUCAUCUGAGUGACCACAAGCGUAGCCGAGAUGUUUUGGAGCGUGAGAAAAGUGAAGGUUUGGAACAUCUUCGUUUCACAGCACAACUGGCUAAGCUGCAGAUGAAAGAGCACAGAGGUUUUCUAUUUGAGCAUCCCAUGUUUGCCAAUAGUUGCGAGUCUGAGCCCUUGGCAGAGCUCAUUGCCUCCGAGGGUGUGUUUCAAGUCAAGUUGGAUAUGUGUGUGUUUGGGCUGGUCACCAGAGACAACAUGCCCGCUCUCAAGCCCACUAUGCUGCUUACAAACAUCGAAACCCUCGCCAUUCACUUAGGUCGCAGAUGUGAAGGACGACAUCUCCAACAUCAGCCACCGAUUGGGGGCCGUGCAGCUGCUGCGGCAAUCUACACGGAUCAGUUUGUGGACAGCAUCUUGCGAGCUUUGCGGCAACAUCUCCAACUUCGACCAGAAGGUCAUCCUCCACAGGACUACUGGUCAUUCAACGGGGUUCAAUUGGUUCGACACCAUGUUCAUCCUAGGAUGGCACUUUUCAACCCUUCUCAUGUGACCAACAUCCCGGUUGAGAUUUCUGUGUUGGGUGAUCAACGUCAGACUGCAAACAACGUCAAUCAAAAGUUGUCAGAUAACUGGCGAAAUGGCGGUGUCGUCAGUCCAUGGCCUCAACAUUGGACUGGCACUACAACCUUUUCCAUUGCCGACCACAUGGUGCUGCCGAAUAACGUGGCGCAAUUGGCGAAUUGGUGUGCGUCCUCUGCGGCCCAUGCCUUAUUUACCUUUGUGCGGGAAGAGACAGACUUUAUCGUGGAAUGGGAGCAACUUCAACCAGACUUGCCAGCAGAAUCUCAACUUCCUUCAUUGCACACUUUUCCAACGCGCAAGAUUUUGGGGGGCGGUGACACUCCUGCUGAUGAUGGCGUUUUCGAGGAUGAUGCGGACGCUGGUGGUUUUUCAGUGCCUGUGCAAGACUUCUCAACUCCAUCAGUGGGUUCGUCUUCGACCUCCUCUCAAAGUUCUUCAACGCCCUUGCAGAGCUCUAUGCGCGAUGGUGCAAUCCCUUCGAGACUGAGGAAAGCCUUACCCACUAUCGAAGAAGCCAAAGGCGAAGACGCGUUGGAAGAUGAAUUAGACAUGGAGGUGGAACGAGCUGGACGCGAAGUUCGUGGACCUCAAGCUUCAGCCCGAACGGCAGAACAGAUUGAGGAGCAGACGCUGCAUCCCGAGCUUCGACGUGAACUUUACAGGCUUCAUAGAAACCUUGGACACCCUGACCAGGAAAGGUUUCUUCGUGCUCUACGACAUGCUGGAGUACGACCUGAAGUGAUACGAUGGGCAAAGAUGUGCUUCAAGUGCCCAUUGUGCGAAAGCCGGAAGAAACCAAGUUCUCAAAGGCCAUCUCAUCUGGUGAAGAGUCUCAACUUCAACGAGGUCGUGGGGAUUGAUCUGUUCUUUGUCAGGAGCAAGCCUCUGUUGAACGUUCUCUGUUGGGGGACCGACUUGAUGCAUGUCGAGAUCUUGCCCAACAAGCGCUCCGAUGUGGUGCUCGAAGCGUUCCUUCGGGGCUGGGUGGCCCACUACGGACCCCCUCGCCUUGUAGUAUGUGACCAAGGACGAGAGUUCCUUGGAGAGGCCUUUGCCAACAAGAUCAACCAGCUGGGCAUCCUUCUGCACUUCACGGAUGUGAGGUCACCUUGGCAAAACGCCAGAACUGAGCGAGCCGGCGGUGCCUUCAAAAGCAAGUUGGAGACGAUCAUCCACGAAACUUCUGCAGAAGGUGAACAUGAGUUUGCUUUAGCUGUUUCUGAAACCCAGGUAGCAAGAAAUCGCUACAUGAACCGUGCGGGCUUUACGCCCUACCAGCGGGUUUUCGGAACUAUGCCACGACUUCCUGCUUCCAUGCUGGCGGAUGACUACUUGGAUCGUGAUCUGGUGCUCUCCAGCGGCGGUGAUGAAGUUCGCAGAGCUUGGGACAUCCGAGAUGCAGCAGCCGCAGCAUGGAUGAAGUCGCAAGACUCCGAGGCAGUUCGCCGAGCUUUGAGAACAACGACCCGAACAGCCGACCUGAAGAAACUUGAGCCUGGUGACGUUGUGUACGUAUGGCGCAAUGUUCCAGACUACCACGGCUGGACGGGCCCAGGUGUCGUUGUGGCAGUGUCUGAGAAUGGACGGUCGCUUUGGGUGAGCAUGAGGGGUUAUCUCAUCAAGGCCAGCCGGGAGCAGAGCCGAGCAGCAACCUCUGAAGAGAGCUUGGGCGCUGAACUUGUUCAAGAACUCUCCAAAGCCAUGCUGCAGGACAUGGAGUCUGGCAACAUCUCCCACUAUCGGGACAUUGAAGGUGAGGGCGGGCCCGACGAUGAUGUAGUUGCACAACCUCUAGAAGGAGAACCACAACCUCCUCUACCAGAAGUUCCAGCAGAAGAUGAGGAUGUGGAAAUGCAAUCAUCCGCCCAAGAACCCGAGACUCCAGCUCAAGUCCCUGCUCCGUUUGAGGCUGAUGACCUACUGAUGGAUGUGGACAUUCCUGUCCCUCAACCUCCAGACCCCGGCCAAGACCAAGGCGAUGGCUCUACCAGAACUCCGUCCAUUGCUCCAGAACCAGAAACCCCAGUGCCAGCCACAACACCUUCUUUAACACCCAGGACCACUGCAACUCCCGCUAUGAGCAGAAGACCGAGCGGUAUCCAAGUGGAUGAAGGCGCAGGAGGACGGCUGACUUCCUCGUUUGGGCCUAUGCGAGAAACGCGAGCUCAACUGACUAUGCCGUAUCCCUUUUCGGCACCAGCACCUCCAGCAUGGCCUUCAUCAACCAGGAGCUCAAAUUUCUACAACGUUCUCCCUGAAGACGACACUAAGAAAGUGUUCUGGAAGUACAUCAAGUCCCGUAAAGAUUCUAUGCCUACGCCUCUGGAUGAAACAACUUAUGAGCUCAAAGAUGCGUGCGGCAUGAUCAACUACAAGGACUCCAAGAUGUACCUCACCAAGGCCAAGACGAGCCCUGGGCAGGUCACUUUCACACAACUUCCUCCAGAACAAGUUCCUGCUUUUCGAAAGGCCCGGGACAAGGAGAUCAAAAGUCUAGUGGAUUCCGGUGCAGUCCGCAUCCUGUCUAUUGAGGAAAGCCUGAAGUUCCUCAAGGAGAAUCCAGACUGCGUCUUGGAAAGUCGCUAUGUGGACAGAUGGAAGCCAACCGACGCUUUUGGCGUCCUUCCUAACGAGUUCUACGACAAGGGCUUCAAACCACAUGAACAUCCAGGACUUGCAGCGAAGUCAAGGUGGUGCGUUGUGGGCUGGAAAGACCCCAUGAUCCACGAGAUUGAGAGAUCAGCGCCCACACCCUUGACCUCUUCAAUGUACUUGUUCCUACAACUAUGUUCCUCUAGGAAGUGGACAGCGAGGGCCAAAGAUGCGAAAACGGCAUUCCUUCAGAGCAGGCCGACCACUCGGCGCCGAAAACUCGCCUGUCGUAUGCCCAAAGACGAGACCUUUCCUGGUUACGACUGGCGUCAGCUUAUCCUUUUGCUGACUGAGGUAUACGGACUGGUGAGUGGACCGGCCUGGUGGCGACGAAGUUUCUUAGAGCUUUGCGUGCAAGAAUUGAAGUACCGCGUCAAUGUGUAUGACCGAUGUGUACUUACUUUGGAUGGCCCUGAAGAUCCUCAAGGAGGUGAAGUGCCGACACGUGGCAUAAUGGUCAUCGAAGUGGAUGACAUUCUUGAGGCUGGUGAUGAAGUUCACCGUCAAAAGAUGCAGUGGUUGGAGAACAAGCUUCGCUUUGGAAAAGUGGAGAAUCUUCAGAUCAAUGUGGAAGGCUCUGGCUAUGCUGGCAGACGCCUCAAGCAGAACCAGGACUUUUCCUUUGAGUAUCACAUGACGGACUACAUCAACAACCGUCUCAAGCCGAUUCAGUUUGAUCGCAAGUUCUAUAAGAAGGACACCGCCAACGAAAAGCUCAACCAAGAAGAAGAGCAGCAACUUCGUGGCAUCAUUGCAGCUAUAAACUGGGUUGCAAGAGAGGGUCGCCCUGACGCCUCGACAUCAGCAAGCAUCCUUUCCGGCAUUUUUCCCAAUGCGACGCUGCAAGACGCCUUGGAAAUUAACAACGUCGUCAAACACCUCAAAGACAACCCGAUCACCUUGCGUAUUCAUCCUAUCCCUGAAAAGGACAUCAGGCACGUGGUCAUCUCUGAUGCGAGUUUCGAUGUCACGGGAAAGGUGAAACCGCAACAUGGUUGGGUACAAGGAAUCUCCACCCCACAAUUGAAUGCUGGCCAGGUUGCUCCGUUCAGCAUCAUUUCAUGGAGAUCGCGGAGGUUAAGAAGGAAAGCAGGGAGCACUAUGCUUUGUGAGGCGAUCAGCCUUUCUACAGCCCUUGGCGCACUUGAGAAACAGGUGGCAGUGUUUGAAAGCUUCCGAAUCUCAAGGUUUGACCCGCAGACUAUGGUGGGAGGCAGCUUUGAGUCCCAGAUGGGAUUGCGUGGGCCUCCGACUGUUAUUGCUAGCGAAGACCCUCAAUUCUUGGAUCCCAAAGCCAUUGCGUUGGUGGAUGCUAAAGCUUUGUUCGAUGGUGCAAACAACGAACAGGCACAAGGCGAAGACGAUCGCAGCGCUCUGGAAAUUGCGGUCAUCCAAGAAUCCUUGGCAAAACUGGCAGGCAGAAUGCGAUGGAUCCCACACAACCGAAACCCAGCUGAUGGACUCACUAAGCUGUUGUCAAAGAGCCACUUAGCACCUCUUCUGGACCUCAUCCGUACUAACAUACUGCAGAUUGAGGAAGAAGAGCAAGUGCUCGACCGGGAGAAGCAAAGUGAGUGCAGACAACGUGCACGGGCAUAA